AGCUCGAGUCGCCAGUUCGUGCUAAUGGGAGGAAUGAAGCUACUGCUAACGACCUCGAAUAUCCGAAACGAAGCGUGUUUAACUUUUAGUUUUAUUUAUUAAACAAAGUCGGGAAAUAAUAUGGAGGGUAUUUAGAAAAAAAGCAGAAGUAGAAAUGUAUCAUUCAAGUAAGAGACGAGGUGGAGAUGGUAUCGCUGCCAUCAUCGACUUCCUGCUGUCAAACGCCCAGCUGGUGCUUGGAGUGGGCGGAGUGGCUGUGCUGGGCAUCGCUACGUUAGCUGUGAAAAAGCUGAUAGAACGUGCUGGCCGGCCCCAAGAAGACGAGAAGCCUGAGAAGAAGAUAUCGGACGGCUGGGAGGAGCUCGGCCUGGUCAGCUCCUCCCCCAAGCUGCUUCAGAAGGGCAUCGAGGGCGUGGUCAUGAAACAAAUUGCAGCAGCCACUAAGAAAGCGGAGCUGUCCCAGCCUGCACCUCACGGCCAGUCUCAGACCCCGAGAACCGAGUCCGAGCCGGCCCCUCAGCGCAGGCGGCUAGACCUGAGCGCGCUGACCUUCUCCGAGCGCCUGGAGCAGUAUUACCGCACGCGCGUGCGCCUGUCCCCGGACGAGGUGUCCCGAGCCCAGCAGAGGGCGCUGGACAUGGCCACCGAGAUCCAGGCCUUCCUGCGCUCCAAACACCCCGACAUGCCCCUCGGAGAGAUGACCGUGGCCGGCUCUCUGCUGGAUGACCUGCAGGUGGUCAAGGCGGACCACGCCUGCCUGCUCGUGCCACUACAGCUGGAGCCCAGCUUGUGGACCCCCAUCGCCGGGGAGGACACGUUCCUGGGGCACCCUCAGUACUGCAUGGUGCGCCGCGAGAACCUGGAGUACUUUCCGCGCGGGCGGAGCUACUGGGACCGCCACCUCCUCGGCGGCUACCUGUCGUCCCGGCUCGUCGCCGAGCAACUGCGCAAGUCCGUCAUGGAGUCCAUGAACUGGCCGUCUCUGAGCGGGACCCUGGAGGGCGAGGUGCGGCCGGUGCUCGGGUCUCCGGCGCUGAAGCUGGGGAUACGGGGUCUGCCCGAAUGCGGAAACCCCGACGACGAGCAGCUGUUCGUUAGCGUCGUGCCCACGGUGCGCCUGGGUAGAACGGCGCUCGCGGCGCAGCCGGAGAUCACCGGGGCGUUCGACUACGUCUGGUACCAGAGCCUGUACACCAGCGAGACGACGCGAUUGGCCGGCCUCGACCAGUCGGAGGGCGGAUCGGAGGUCAGGAGGAAGUGUCUGAAAACGCUCAAAGCCGUGUGCAGGAACUGCCCGGCUCUCCACAAGCUGACCGGCGCCCAGCUCAGCAACGUGGUCCUGCACAUGAGCGACAAGGAGGCCGACUGGUCCGAGGCGGCGUACGCCGAGCGCUUCCAGCAGGCCAUCGCGGAACUGAUCGGCUACUUGGAGACGGGCGUCCUUCCCGGCUAUUUCAAACCCGCCGUCAACCUGCUGCAGGGCUUCACCGAGGACGACAUCGACGAGAUGGGCUUCAUGCUCUACUGCGCCGUGACCGAGCCGGAGAUUCUGCUCAUAUGAGAGGGUUUUCGGUUCUUAACCGAGGUUUAAUCAGGGUGGAUUUAUUUAUUCUAGCAUACAAACUGACUCCCUCAGUCAUAGAAGUGCUUUUUUUUGGUAGCCGGACACUGUAAAGCUUCUAAAAAUGAAUAAAAGUCUCAAAAUACAGAAACCGAGCGAUCUUAAAGCAAUAGUUUGAUACAUUUUAAAGCUAGCUAUUUUUCUACUCCUAGUAUUUGCACAGACAUGUUCAGUGUCUGGGGUUCGUUCCUGCCCUGAAGCAGCGAGCAUGACUUACGUUUUAUACACAUUUUUUUAUCCCAACAUCACCCAAAUCUUUGUUCACUCAGGUUUACCCUCCGGUCGCUUGGCUUUUCUAAGCAGGGUUGCCAGAUUUCACUCAAAUACAGCGAUUACAACCCAAUUUCCCCCCCUAAUCUAGUCGUGUCCAGUUACUCUGAUUGCGUCCUCUAUACGGCACGUACAGUCGGUACAGACUGCAUUUUCCACCCCCCACGGGUCGAGUUCAUACACCGACGGGCACCGUGUACGGAGGGCCACACCCCCGUCAGCACUAUUCCUCAGCCCUGUGCAGGCGGCAUCAGUCGCACCGGUUAUGAGGACCCAUGAUCCGACUUUUUACCCCUGACCCUGUAAACAACAGCCGAUCGUUGUUCAUGCAGCCGCCCCGCCCAGUCGGGAGGCAGAGCCGAGAUUCGAUACGAUGUAUUCGAGACCCCGACUCUGGUGCGCUAGCGUACUUCACCGCUGCGCCACCUGAGCGCCACCUUACAAGCAUUUUUAUUCUGGUCUCUUUUGUGGUUUCACUUGUUAUUAAAGCUCAAGCAUUUGGAAAAACUUCUGUACCCACCCAUCGGUCGGCUAAGUCGGAUGCCGGACUCAUCCUGCAUCUCGAGAUUCGAUCUGAUCGUGAAUCGGGCUCCCACAAUUCUUGGUUUUAUUUUGAUUCUAUACAGGGCGCCGGUGUGAACUGUAUAAAUAUGCGUAUAAAUGUUUUCCUUUACGAGGGUUUCAUUCGGGCGAGACUUGAUCAGGUAGGUAGGAAUCGGUUCCUUAUGAAUUACACGAGUACCGUAAGUAUAGAAAACACUGUUUGGUUGGAAGAAAGUGGACACCUGACCACAAGCUUGUUGGAGUCUCGUUACCCCGUCCGUUUUUGUAGCCAUUAUAGCCGUUCCUCCUCUAGGAAGGCUUUCUAUGAGAUUUUGGAGUGUGCCUGUGGGAAUUCGGGGUCCAUUGAGUCAGAGGUGCAUCUGUGAGGUCGGGUGCUGAUGGUUCAGUUGGUUUGAAUGUCGAGGCUCUGAGCAGGCCACUCAAACCAAUCAAACCAUUUUUAUGAGUGUUUAUGGACCUCACUUCAUGCACAGGGGCACGACACAAAGCAUGAAGUGUAAGUAAGUAGGAGGGGUGUCCACAUUCUUUUGGUCGUAUGUAUGUGAUGGUGCAAAGGUGUUUUUUAAUGAUCCAGUACUAGGUGAUAUUAGGUGACGUUGGCUGGUCUGGGGGAAGCUGCAGCGUCGGGCUUGGCACUCGGAUAUUAUUGCACUUUAACGCCAGACCCAGACUGUGAAUAUUUUUGUGUUCUUGUGAUAAAGCAAUAAAGUAAAUCUGCAGUAGAUUCUGAAA